AUGGCUGAUACGGGAGCUCUAGUUUCCCUAAGGGGAUUGCAUCAGGACCUUGUUGCCGUCAACGAAUCCCGUUUACAGAAUGUGGAGCGGUUAUGGUUCGAACUCGAGACCAGAAUCGAAGAAUUUCGAAAAUUGCUAGACAAGCCCCCGAAGAAUGAUUCCAGCAGAAGGGCGAUUUCUGCAGGAACAAUCACCAUCGAUGAUGUCGAUUUCGCUCUCAAUGAAGAGUUCCAACAAAAUACGUUUCAGCUCGCCGACGCUCUCAACCUUGAUGAGAUUAAUGCCGCGCGACUGCUGCUUGCGGGAUCUGCGACUGCUGCAGAGCUAGAUCGUACACCCUUGGAGGCAGCUUUCAUCGUCUUUCAUCAGGAGCGGCAUUUCCUCCUCGAAUGUCUACGACUGGUGUUCAAGCAGUCAGUCGAUAUCGAUAGCGAUGAGAAUAUCCGCAAUACUUUCAGAAAUGCUCUAUCAUUGAUUCUGCAAACCGCAGAAAAUCCGGCGCAUGGCGGUUCUCUAUUCUGGAAUAAAUGCCUUGGGGCCAUGGCAGAUAUAGAAAAGUGGUUGCAUGAUCUCGCGGAACGCUUUCACAGCGCGUCAAUGCUUGGAAUAAAUCAGCAACCAGAAUUCGCGCUACUGAGCCAUCAACGAUUGAGUCUGCUCUCUCAGCACGAGUCCCUCGGAGCCAUUGCUAUGUACCUGGUCAAAUCCAAUCAUACUGUCGUGGACGAUUUCAAGAAGCUCCUCAAUACGGCUAAAUCCUUUGAUCGGUUCGAUGCAGUUUUACUACACUAUCUGCCAGCGCUCGCAGCCUCGAUCACCCAAUUUGGGUCCCCGGACGGCUCAAGCUCCCUACAAGAAGCACGGUCUCUCGAUCAAUUCAUUGCGGCCGGAAAGGAGAGCAACCCUUGGAACCUGCAUCACUUUCAGGCCGCAAUCAGCGCUCUGUGGCUCGCGGAUUACAGUGGUUGGUAUUCCGACACGUUUAUCAGCUCUCCCCUUCAGGGAGUCAACUUAGAGGUAGAGGCAGAUGAUCGCUCAAGGCGUUUCUUUGAGGCACUUCAGGAUGGUGCUUUUGAGUGUCUACUGGCAAUCAGUGCUGAUGUCCGUCCAGCUGGCUGGUACGAUCCCGCGAGGUAUGGCCUAACCCAAUUUCUUCUCGGAGAGGCUCCUGCUCUCAAUCUCGAAGGUAUUGCUGUAACCCAAGAUUUCCAGAGCUUGGUCAUGGGACAGCUGGAGUCUUUCACUGAUGCUUUUAUCACAAACAUGGCGGACGCUCUUCGUCAGUUGAAGAUUGAAGAGGACGAGCAACGCAAGCAACUUAGAGGUUCUCUUGCUGCUGGCACCACUCAUCAUGACAUGCACCUUGAAAGAUUCUUAGUCAUCAUUUCCUACGCUUUUGAGCAUCGACCAGAUUCAUCGUUAGCGUUUUGGGCAGAUCCAGAAGGCAAUCUGCACGGAUUCAUGCAAUGGGCUUCGAAGCGACAGUCCACCCCACGAGCAAGCGCCUUUUGCGAAAUGCUUCGGGCGAUUUCCGAAGGUGAAGAAUGCGCCGAUGCUGCGCACAAAUUCCUGCUGGAGGAUGGUGUAGCACCCUCUGGCCGGUUAAGGAGAAUGAGUUCCAUCAGCUGGGUUCAAAUUUUCAACGAGUUACAAUUCUACGCCUCCAAAAUCAGAGAUCGCCCAGCGGUGCCGCAAACUCUCUCCUACCAUGGAGCCAAACCUGACCCCGAUGACAUCGACGAGCCUGAAAGCGCCAUCAUGCUGGAGUGUUACCUGAGACUGACUUCCCACAUGUUACGCGAAAGCUCAAUAGCAAGAAAUUGGAUCCUCGAACACCCGAGUUUCCGACUGAUGGAGGUCCUAUUCCUGCUCUGCAGCAGCGCCAUCCCCAGUCGAUUGAGGGCUUGUGCUUUUACAACUUUGGAAAGUCUGUUAGUGAACAAGACUUCUUCAGUUGCUGAGUUGGUGUGGGCAACUCUCGAUCAGUGGAUUUCUGGAGGCUUCUCUCCACUAGGUGGUUUACAAAAGGUGCCAAGCGUGGCGCCACCGGUUUGGGCAGAGGAAGCCAUUUUCGAGAACAUCUUGGCUGAUUUUGAAGAGCCCAACGCCUUUGUUGGUCUACUUCAAGCCCUUGUUGCCCCGGCAAUUGAUAAUGAUCUUCUCAACGACUCUUUGCCGUUUCCCGAGUCCCUUGGCUCGGCCUACCGGAUGCCUGGCAUAGAGCCCUACGUUGAUUUCGCUGUUGGCAGAGUUUUCGGUUACAAGCUCCCGGAACUGCAAGAUGAAGGUCAAAUAACUUUGUUAACAUGGAACUGUCUCAAUUUCAUCGCAACGUGCCUAUCCACGUUUAAUGAAGACCUAGUUAUUUUCGCGAAUAAAUCCAACAUUCAAGUGGAUACUGUCAUGAGGACGUCUUCUCUAGUGGCUUACAUCAAGCUUCAUCCAUUUGCCAGAGUAAUGGAAUGGCUCUUCAAUGAGCGAGUGCUGGCCUCACUGUUUGCAGCGGCUCACCAAGACGUUGACAAGAUCAGUCAGUCCAGUCCUGAUUCGCCAGCCGUUCUGGCGCUGCUGCGGAGCAUCGAAGUGAUGUCCAAAGUAAUGGACCUGCAAUCGACUUAUUUGGAUAUUGUGCGCCCUCUCAUUAAAACUCAGUCUACUGGUCUACGACACCCAGUCGCAACUUCUGCUCUUGCGUCAUUCGAGGAUUCCGUGUUAAACAACCUUCAGCUCAUCGUGGAUCUUGGAUUGUAUUGUGCGGCCGGCCAUGAAGCUUUGACUGUCAUAUCAUUGAAGCUUCUCGAAAAAUUAGCAACAUCGAGGAAGCUCAUUUCUUUGCCAUCCUCGACCUUCGGCCGCCGUGCUGAUCGAAACUCCAUUUUCAGCGUCCUAGACAGAGACAAUGAGUCUGAUCGUAUUGCACGAUCUUUGACUGGGCAGAUGGAUUUCGAUGAGAGAGAAUUAGAGCAAGGUCCUGAAUCACCCGGAUUCGUUAUCAAAGUCAGCAUCGUGGACUUCCUUAACAGCUGCUUGACCGCAUUGCCAAACAAGCCAACGAUUGCUCAUUUGCUCCUCGGUUUUGCCUGCAGGGACAGCAUAAUUGAACCCGGAAGUCUCAUUCAAGAAAAUAUCUCGCUCUUCCACGCCAUUCUUUCCAUCGUUACAAACUAUCAGAGUAGGGAAGACGACAUUUAUUCGCCAUGGCAACUGCGUCUCAAAGAGAGCGUUAUGCGCGUCUUUAAGCAUUUAUGGAGCUCACCUCUCUCUGCGGUCUAUACCAUGACGGAGCUUCGGUCAAAUGGGUUUCUCUUGAAUCAAAUGUUGAGUCAGUCCACUGUUGAUCAGAGUUCCCUAUGGGAUGGACGCAGCAUGCUUGACCCCGACUUUUACAAUACCGACUCCGCGAAAUGUUUUCUAGCUUUCCUCCAGUUGCGUGGUACGCUCUUUGACUACAUAUCUACAGAAGUUCGACUUGUUUCGCAGAAUGGGGCUUCUUCUUCCGACAUUUUUUACACCUUGCAGGGAAGUACCUUGCAAAAUGGCCAAGAAAUAGUGAACCCAACCAUCUUUGAUCUCUUUGACUUUGCAGAAUUAGAGAUCCCGAACACAGUCGACGUGCCGUGUCUAAGCUUCUUUUCCAACACAGAUUUUGGUAUCUGUCUGGAGCGCGACGGUGACGAAAUUCCAGCGUACAAUCUCAGCAGCGUUCAGGAGUUGCUUCAACUCAAGAAAAUUGAACUCGAGAAAUCUGGUGUUCUCUCUACUGACGUUGAUGAGGAAGCUGCUAUACAGGAAGCAAACAAGAUCAUAGCCUUCCUCAACGCGCAUAAUCAAUACCAUAGUCUUGUAAAAGCUCGCAUCGAUGCAUUGAGAGCUUGGGUUCAACUCAUGCUAGUCGUCCUAGAGACUAGCGAAUUGGAGGCAGUUAUUAAGACUGCUUUCAUUAUCAGGGUUCUGCAGGUCAUCCUGCCAAAAUUGGAAAAGUAUUGUUCCGAGAAUGCCACAGAGGCUCUAGAAUUGGCAAAACUGGCUAGGGCCUUACUUUUCAGUUUCAAAUUUGCCUCUUCAUUGUCUGAAAAGGAUCAGGACGAAGCUCAAAACCAACAAUUUCAACUCGGCGAAGAUCUUGUAAGCGAUCGACUCUUUCAGCUCUUCCGCGUGGCUCUCAGGGGUAUUCAUUCUCCAACAAGCACUCCUGAGCUACGUGAGGUACUCUAUAACAUCUGCCACAGGUACCUAAUUGGCAUGGCUGAUGGAACACCAGCAGCCGCUACGUCCGGCAGGUUGACGACCCAGACAAUCAAGGCCUCUGGGGAAAGAUUAGUGGACGUGAUUUGUGAUGAUGUCCACGCUGGGGAUUCCACCUGCAGAAUUUCUGCCAUAUUGUUAUUAGAUUCUCUCGUUCUUCUGAGCAAUAGGGAAGGAUCAAAAUUCGUGAUAGACUCAUUCGUGCGACUCAACUUUAUCGGUAUCCUUGUUGAUGCUUUUAAACGAGUACAAGCGGAAUUGAAAGAGAUCAAAUCCCAAGACAUGCCACUUCUUAUUGCGUACUACAAGGCAAAGCUCUCCUUGCUUUUACGAAUUUCGCAGACCCGACUCGGUGCCGCCCAUGUGCUUAGCGCUGGACUCUUCCAGGCGCUGAACGCGUCGGGAAUAUUCACAGUCGAUCCCGACUUUGGACCUGAAUUCGAUGACCCGGAAGUAGCGAAGAAUUACUUUGAACUACUGCUUUCCAUUCUCAGAGUGAUUAAUGCCGCAGUCUUGAGUAGAGGUCCUCAACACACACAAACAAUAGAAGAAGCGCGCAGAUUUUUGGUUAAUCACCGUUACCCUGUGGUUGGCAUGUUCAAACGCCAUGCAAAGAUCGAGUCACAGGAGAAAAGCGAGUCCAUCCAAACAUUGGAUGACGUCGUCGAGAAUUUCGUUCUUCUAAUCACCAUGACCGGCUUUAUGGAUGUAACGGGCAUUUACAUAAUGAAUCAAAAUUGGAGGUGUUCUGGGAGCAUCAUAAGGAGUUGGGGUCACAAAAUAUGGCAUUGUAGAAAUAGAAUCGGAUACCCUUGCACAUUUGAGCUGGUGAUGAGUGACGACCGCCAGAUGUUGAUGAGCAAGCAGUCCUCUGCUGAUCAACGGGCCGAAAACUGUCAACCACAUACGAAACGAAAACAGUCUCAGCAGCAAACCUUGAGCUCUGACGGACAAACCCCUCCUUCAAAACAAAGGACCAUCUCGGAGCUAUUCUCCCCGUCGACGCAGUCGUCUCGCAAAGUGGACUCGGAUCGGGAAGCCCUUCCCUCCUCAAAGAGGGUGAAGCUUUCACACGCUGCUGCACUUGCCUCGUCUCCUACAGCUAAAGCUGCUGGCCUUCUUCCUGCAGAGAAGAUGUACAAGUUCAACUCUUCCAAUUCGGCUUCAAAUAAUGUCAUUGAUCUCACUAAGCCGCACUCUUCGGGCUCGUCCGCUGCCCCUGCUGCACCAAAGAAACCCAAUGGCGUUGUACGACCGUCCAACUUUACGCCUCACACCGGAGCGAAGAGGCUCACAAUCAAAAACCUCCGAAAGACGCCGCGAAUAGAUCCUGAUCAAUACUUUGCCAAGAUCUGGGGUCAGUUGGACACAGCUCUGACGGCGAUAUACAACAAGGAAAAGGUAUCCCAAUCGCUCGAGGAGUUGUACAAGGGAGUGGAGAAUCUGUGCCGGCAAGACAGAGCCGCAAAUCUGUAUGGCAAGCUUUGUGAGCGUUGUAAGGACCAUGUGAUGAACAAUCUGAGGGAGCCUCUUAUUGCAAAGGCGAAGCACAGCAAAGACGUGGAUCUAUUACGGGCAGUAUUGGACUCUUGGGCAGCCUGGAAUGGCCAGCUGAUGACUAUUCGAUCGAUUUUCUUCUACAUGGACAGGUCCUAUCUCCUCCACUCUUCAAACCCCUCGAUUAAUGACAUGGCCCUCGCUUUAUUUGGAACCCACGUCUUUUCGGAUCCUCAUCUCAGGCCCAGCAUCAUACAUGGGGCGUGUAAUCUUGUCGAGAUGGAUCGGACCGGCCGGAUCGAUAUAGAAUCACAAUCUCUCUUCCGCGAUGUUAUUCGAAUGUUUCACGAGCUCGGGGUUUACACAAAGGAAUUUGAGCCAGCGAUGCUCCAUGCAUCACAAACCUUUUUCGUUGAAUGGUCCGAAAAUGAAAUCAUAUCGAGAGACCUGGCUGGCUACGUCAAAGCGAGCAACAAUUUGAUGGAGCGGGAGACUGACCGUUGCGAUCUGUUCAAUCUCGAUAGCAGCACGCGACGAGAACUACUAACGCUUCUCGAGAACAUUUUAGUCGGCGAAAAAGUGACCGAUCUUUUAGAUCCGAAUUCUAUUGCGGAACUAUUAAACAAGGAUGACAUACUCUCACUUGCGCAGCUCUUUUCUUUACUUCAGCGGCAACGGCUUGGCAUUCGGCUGCGAGGUCCAUUUGAAUCUUAUAUCCAUUCCCAAGGCUUGGCGAUUGUCUUUGAUGAAGAGAGGGAAAAUGACAUGAUUGUACGGCUCUUGGAAUUUAAGAGGAAACUUGACAGCAUCUGGAGGCUCUCUUUCCAAGAGCACGAAAAUCUGGGUCAAGCCCUCCGUGAAACGUUUGAGUCAUUUAUCAACAAGUCAAAGAAGUCUACCUCGAACUGGAAUACGGACAAUUCCAAGCCAGGGGAAAUGAUUGCCAAGUAUGUUGAUCGAUUGCUGAGAAGUGGCACCAAGGCAAUCCCACAAACCCUUGAAGGCAAUGCCGAAAUGGGCGACGAAGACGCUGAACUUGACAAGCAACUGGACCAGGUCUUGGACCUAUUUCGCUUUGUUCACGGCAAAGCUGUAUUUGAAGCCUUUUACAAAAAGGAUCUUGCACGUCGGUUGCUCAUGGGAAGGAGUGCGAGUGCUGAUGCCGAGCGGAGUAUGCUCACGCGGCUGAAGAGCGAGUGUGGUGCUGGAUUUACGCAUAACCUUGAGCAAAUGUUUAAAGAUGUGGACCUAGCGCGAGAGGAGAUGGCUUCAUACCGAAGUAUACUGGAGGGCAAGCAGAAGAAGACGGGAAUGGAUCUCAAUGUGAAUGUUUUGUCUGCUUCGGCUUGGCCGACAUAUCCCGACGUCACGGUCAAUGUCCCUCCAACUAUUUUGUCCGCCAUCAACGACUUUGAUCAACAUUACAAAUCCAAACACACUGGACGCAAGCUCACGUGGAAACACUCUCUAGCCCAUUGUCAGCUCAAGGCUAGAUUUCGGGGGUGCGAAAAAGAAAUCGUCGUUAGUUCAUUUCAGGCGAUCGUCCUUCUUUUGUUCAACGAUGUUGCCUCGGGCACUCAAUUAUCGUAUCCUGAUAUUCGAGCUGCUACCGGGCUACCCGACGUUGAAUUGAAGCGCACGUUGCAAUCAUUAGCCUGCGCGCGAUACCGUGUCUUGACAAAGACACCCAAAGGUCGAGACGUCAAUGAGGAUGACAAAUUCAACGUGAACCUCAACUUCUCCGACCCCAAAUAUCGUAUCAAGAUCAACCAGAUUCAGCUCAAGGAAACCAAGGAAGAGAAUAAGGAGACGCAUGAGCGUGUUGUGCAGGAUCGUCAUUACGAGACACAGGCAGCGAUUGUCCGAAUCAUGAAGAGUCGAAAGACAAUCAAGCAUGCUGAGCUUGUCGCCGAAGUUAUCACGGCUACUAAGAGCCGCGGUGUGCUUGACCCGGCGGAUAUCAAGAAGAAUAUCGAAAAGCUGAUUGAAAAGGAAUACAUGGAAAGAGAAGAGGGCAACGAAUACAAGUAUCUUGCCUAA